AUGCGCCGAAGAAAAACCUUCCUUCUUAAACGCUCUAACUUGCACCAUUAUUACAGCACAAAGGGCAUUAGCAAUGGGUUUGUAAAAGACUUAAACUUAGCUCAGGCUCGAUCUUUGGUAUCCGUGGGAGCAUCUGUGGGCGCAGUAACAAAACAGACCCUGUUCCCUCCUCUCAUGCCUGCAGGGCGACCUUUCCGUGUAUCAAAUGCCUCCAGAAGCAGCCGGAAAGGAAUUGUUGCAAGCAGUCUGCAAGAGCUAAUCAGCAAGACCUUAGAUGCUUUCCUUAUAUCUGCUGGAAUAGUCACUCUGGUUUUGGAGGAAGAUGGCACAGUUGUAGAAACAGAAGAGUUCUUUCAGUCCCUGGAUGAUAAUACGCACUUCAUGAUCCUUGAAGAAGGACAGAAAUGGACACAAACAAGAAAUGGAGUCCUCCCUGUGAGACAAAAGAAGAAAAUGGGAGUAGCUAACAUCACGUUUGAUCUGUACAAACUGAACCCUAAAGAUUUUAUUGGUUGCUUAAACGUGAAGGCCACUUUCUAUGAGAUCUACUCUGUGUCAUAUAAUAUCAAAUGUAUGGGAGCAAAAAGCGUAUUGCGGAAGGUUCUUCAGCUAAUAUCCCAUGCAGCACAAAUAACCGGACAAUUUCUUCUCUACACUGGAACUUACAUGUUGCAGCUGAUGGGUGAAUAUGAAGAAGACAGCACAUGCGCAAGACCAAAGCGGGAGUAGGGAGCACAGCUGCACUUCUAAUAUUGGAUCCUUUUGCUUAAAGAUGCUCUUUUGCCCAAUUUUGAUUGUAAUGAUGUUAAAGUAGGGGCUGUCCACAGAGGUGAACUAACCUUCUUUUCCCUGUGUGGGAAUGCUUGUAGACCUUAGCCAUAAAAUGUUUGGUGUUCACAGACUCUUACGGAAAAAGGAUGGGUGCCUAAUGUUUGAGAAGUGGGCAAAUGGAGAGAGGGCAAAACUGCUCCAGCAACUCAAAAUAGAGAAUCGGUGUACUUGGAAGCAUACAGGCUUUGUAUCUAACUUUUUUUUUUUCUUGCACUGAUCAAAACAUGGUUUGUGUUCACGGCUGUCUACUUGCCUUCUGAACAGAUUGGGCUUUAAAGGGUUUGUUUGGGCUUUUUGUUUUUUUGUUUUUUAAUCCUCAGCACUGCUGGUACUAGCAUUCCGCUGGGACUGAGGUACAAAAGGGUAGAGUGUACUUAUUUACAAUAGGAACGCACAAUGUAACUGAAUUCUGGUUUAGUAAAUCUGACUAAUCACAUGAAGGCUAACUGGAGGAAGUACAACUACUAAGCAGAAGCUUAAAACUUUUACUUGCUUUAAGAGAAGUAAGGCUAACCAUUUUAUAUAACUCCUUACACCUUUCUCGAAACCUACAGACAGUUCUGGCUGGUUUAACUCAUACCAGUUGAAGAAAAUGUUAUAUCCCUCUAAUGGCGUUCAGUUCUGCCGAAAGCAUUGAAUAAUUUGCCUUUGUUUCAGGAAUAUGGCUUACAGGCAGCCUCCUGAAUCUUCCUUCAGAGGUUAAACCUUCACUUCUGUAAUUUUUACUCUUCAGCUACAAGACGUAUCUUAAGUACAUCUUGGGAUGUAGCGUCACAUGUAGUAUGGAUCUGUAGAUACCCCCGAACUCAAUGCCCCUGUGUUCAGGGGAGAGCAACAGGACACUGUCUAGACUUGCAUAACAUAUAUAUGUUCUGAACUGGAUAUUUGCAGUUUUAUAAUCUCCCAAGACAAGCUGUGUUACAGGGCAAAGUUUUUAAUCUUUAGGUAGAAUUGUCCAGAAUGCCUUCUGCCGUUUAGUGAGCUGCUAGAAUGACUUGUUUCCAGCAAGUGUCUCCUUAACAGUGUAAACAAAGCGGAAAACAAACAGCGGUGGGGAUCUUGUGUUAAAAUGCAGACCUCUGUUGUUGAAGGCGAAAAGCCUAACUAUUGUUGUAGGGAUUUCUUGAGGUUUUCAUUUGAUACAUGCUUAGAUAUGUGCUUAGAUAUAUUCUUCCUUGAGAACGAAACACUUAGAGAUAGCAGAUACUGGUACCUGUGUCUCUGACAACAGAUGCUACCUAGGAAGAGAAGCUCCAGUGACAAGGAGAACAAGUGGAACUGGGGGAAAAAAGCAGUGAGCGCAAAAGGGAAAGGAUGCCCAGAUGCCUUCCACACCUCUGCUGAGACAAGAAUUGUUUAACCAUCAGCUGCACUGAUUAGCCCUCUUCUGGGGUCAGAAAGCAGAAGAAAAUCUAAUGUUCUGAAAGAGUAACAGGUAGGCAGAAAGCCAAGAAUCAUAGCUGGCAGUAUCCAUUCUGAUCUAUCAGCUGGGUGUGUUCACUUCAAAUGUCACUAAUACACAAAAAUAUUGCUCUCACUUUCAUCUGCAAAUUUCACCGUCAUAUCCUGAUUUGUGCCUUCCCUUUAAGGAUCUGACUUGGCCAGCUGAAGCUGCAUCUUUCAAAUCACUCUUUGUUGUGAUGAGAAGCAGCCUAAAGGCCAGUCUUAAAGGGACUGACAAACAAGUUUGCCAGGUCUCCAUCUUUCUCUUCCGUAAUGGUUGUUGCAAAUGAGUAGACAGCUAAGAAAGAAACCGUGUCUCUUCUGUUUUCCAUCCACUUCUGAGUGUUUGCUCUCUCUUAGUGUGAGAGCAAGGGAGAGGCAAGGCUGCAGGCAAGGGAAGGGCUAAUUCUUACUAAUUUCUCUCAGGGAAGAGUGGCUGCAACUUGUAGCGCUGUCAAGUUUCCUCGGGAAGAAAACACUAAAGCUACUCUGCAGCUACUGAGAAAGAGCUUAUAUUAAAAUGAAAGCUUAUUCUCCAUGUGCAUUGUUCUCUUCCCCCAACACACUCUGAAAUAGUGAUUGUUGCCUUGGUAAUUGUUGGCCAAGGUCUUUCUACGCAUAUCAGGGAAUAGCAUUUAACUGAUGCAGUGCAAGGGCCUUGUCACUCACUCUUUCAGCUCUUAACGGCCAUUUAUUCUAUUAAAACAAACCUAUCUUUUGAAAGUAAGCUCUGCAUAAUGCUCCUAGGAAUACACAAUACACAUGUUGGAAAUGGGAGCACCAACAUUAAAAAAAUGCACUGUAUGCACUAACCUCUCUAUAUAUUACCUCUUCAACAUCUGUAAUACAAAAGCUUUUGCAAGUCUGAACUGUGCAGAUUUCAAAUUCCAGCCUUCUAUAGCUGGAGGGAAUUACUUCAGAACUAACUCUCCAUAGUUUCCAAUGGCACUAUAUUAAAAUUUAACACAGUCCAAAGGACUAACUUGGUAUGAAUUUGAAAUGUUUUCAAGUGGCUGCUUUCCUGAGAGCUUAACAUGUAACACUUGAGCUGUUGAAGGUCAUCUGAGCUGCAAAGUCUGCAUCUCAAAGUAUCUGCCUGUUCUAAUUCAAAAUGCAAGCAGCUGAACAAAGUAGCUCAAAUUUGAUAUUUCCUCAGGAUGGGAGAAGUGUCUUUGAAAACUCUAAGUGUUUGAAAUUGUUCCAUUGCUACUGAAUUUGAAUUUUGCUACAGGUUUAGUAUUUGGGGGAUGAUAUUUGCUACUGUAAAAAAAAUUUUUUUUUUUUCCAGAGACAAAGGUUUGGCUUUGAGUCAGACUGGAGGAGUUCUCUGAAUUGCAGCCACUUUGAUUUUUAGAGCCUGCUGAAGAGACAUAGCUUUCACUUCAGCUGUAUGUGAUACACAGCAAAGAAACUUCAGUGUUUUCUAGCUUCCAGAAAACCACAUGCAAGCGGUGGGCGCUAUUUCGAAAAGAAGAAAAAAACCCACAAGCAAAGGCUCUUAACUGCAGGUAUGCAGAGAUGAAGCUAGCUUUUCUACUUUAUAUUUUAACUUUAAUUUUUAUUUUUAUCUCAUUUAAUCUGCACUUGUUACUGUUGCAGUCAAGGCUGGUAGCACUGAAAUGUCAAAGGUGUCAAACUCGUUUACUGCCGCCUUGCUUGCACUAGCCCUUUUGCCUGUUGCUUUGCAUCACUUACUAACAAUCCAAGGCACCAAGUCAUACUCUCUAGUUACCAAAAAAGGAAUUUUCACUGAAGUACUCGAUCUUGUUGACUCAGGCACUAUUCAUGAGCUGCAGGCAAAAACAAAGCUGCUCUCUUCACAACUAGAAUGAAGAAUCUACUAGCUGCUUUUUGUGCGUGAUUCAGAAUGUAUCAUUACUUCAUUUCCUUCCUUUCAUAAACACAUGAAGCUGUUGCUUUCUUACACCUUUCUAGUCUUUCAGGAGACAUGGGAUUGUAAACUCUUCUGUCUAGGGGCAGAGGAUAAGGCAGGGUCUAAAUUCCUUAGACUAUUCGGAUUAUGCUCUAGGAAACACCCCAAAUCCCUUAACUGAGGAGAAAGGAGUGGCUAAAGAAAGGAAAAUGGGACUUCAGGCUUGAAGGUUUUGUUGGUAGUGUGUAGAGAGGUAGGCGUUUGAAAAUUAGGAAAUGUUUGUAAUUCUCAAUAGUACUGUGAAGACAAUUACAAUACAUGGGAUCGUUUGCAACUGACUAGAAUUAUAACUCUAAAUCAUUUCAGCAUACUUCUUCCUGAGACAGCACUUGAAUUAAAGGUGCACGCUUCUUUUAAUUAAAAAAAGUGUUUAAAACUGAAAUAGUAUAUUUUUGAUUUAAUACCUCUGGUUUUACUGGAGAUAUUAACAUGAUUAACAUGCCACUUUAGCUAUGCACUAGUAAGUAAUUCUUAUACGGUUUAGCAUUUAUCAUUUUGCUGUUUCUACCUUACCUUGUUAUAUAUCCAGUUAAAAUAUUUAUAGUCAGAAGUAUUGCUGUUUUGCUAAGGGGGAAGAUGGUGUUUUACCACUUCACAAGUUUCAAGCCUACUAGUUUAACUUGCUAUGAAAUUAACAUGGGUAGGAAUUAUGAUGUGUCGGUGAUGGCAAAAUGUUCUGGUGUGUGGUGCCAAUUUUAAGAAACACUGUCCAUGAAUAAAUAUAUUCAGAUGGUGGCUUUGGAUGAUGCCUCUAUUAAUUUCCAGAAUAACUUAUUCAUGAAAUAAUCAUGAAUGUUAACGGAUCUCUGGUCUGCCCCAGUUUCAAAAUGCUGCACUGCAGCACGGCGGUAACUGGAUACUAUUAUAAGGCUCUCAGCUUGAACUCUCUCCUGCUGACUCACUUUCUGGCCUCGGAGAAACCAUGCAAACUGUUUCCUUUCAUAUGAAAGGAAUGCCUUCGUCCAUCUCUCUUACCAAAGCUGUAAAAGACUACACACUACUGAGUAUAGGAGAUAGGCUUGGGAAAUCUCUGAUAGGAGUUGAUCUUUUUUCAUUAAAUAGAGGAAAGUUCAAGAAUCUAGUUUAUAAUGCCUCAUGGAAAACUUCCUGCAGUCACAUGUAAAUACACAAUAGUACAUAUUUCCUUCUUGAUUG